GCGGCGGUAGGCGGGGGAACCGCAUCCUGGUCUCGGCUCGCAAGCAGCUGCUUUCCUCUUUAUGAAUCAUCUUUCUCCGAACAUUGCAUGCAAGGUUACCAUUGCGAAAGUUCCUUCCUUCCUCCAACCCUCCCGCUUAACUGAAACAGGGAGAAAAGGCAGGCUCGGACCCAGGGAAAAAGCCUUUAGUGAGUGGAUGGAAGCAUGAAUGUGGUUCACGCUAACUGACGGAAUAAUUUGUCAGUUGCCAUGACAGCCAGCCAUUGCAGUCACUUGACUGAAGUCCUUCCAGACUGCACUAGCUUAGUACCUUUAGUAAAAACAGUGGAAGAUUCUGAUAUCGUGAAUGGGCAGCCACAAUAUGUGAUGCAAGUUUCAGCUAAAGACGGGCAGUUACUAUCAACAGUUGUUAGGACGCUGAACACACACAGCACCCUCCAUGACCGACCUAUGUGCCGGAUUUGCCAUGAAGGCAGCAACCAGGAAGAUCUGCUCUCCCCCUGUGAAUGCACAGGAACUCUAGGAACUAUUCAUAGAAGCUGCCUAGAGCAUUGGCUUUCAUCUUCAAACACCAGUUACUGUGAACUCUGCCACUUCAAGUUUUCAGUGGAGCGUAAACCUAGACCAUUAAUAGAGUGGUUAAGAAAUCCAGGCCCACAACAUGAGAAGCGGACUUUGUUUGGAGAUAUUGUGUGCUUCCUGUUUAUAACUCCACUAGCCACAAUUUCUGGCUGGCUGUGUUUGCGAGGUGCCGUGGAUCAUCUACACUUCAGCAGCCGACUAGAAGCAGUUGGACUCAUUGCACUAACCACUGCACUGUUCACUAUUUAUCUAUUUUGGACUUUAGUUUCAUUCCGUUAUCACUGUCGAUUGUACAAUGAGUGGCGUCGAACCAAUCAAAGAAUUAUACUGCUUACACCAAAGCCAUCAGAUGCAUCACCUUCUCAACAAUUACUUCUUGGUCUGCAUCCGCUGAAAAGGAACUCAAAAGAGACAAUUGUAUGACAUAUGUCAGUCACUUAGAAUUUUCAAUCCUGAAUCCUAUGAGUUCUAACCAAAGAUAAUUAACUUAGUCUGAUACCUUCCUUCAAAGGUUAGCCGAGUUCACAACGCGGCAACUUAAUGAAAUUUGGAAAACUGGAUUAGAUUACCAGUAUUUCUUAAAAUUCUGUCAUCUUUAUUACUACAAUAAGGCCUGCAAUAUCAUCCUUUAUACUAUCGUUAUUGAUGAUACUUGAUGUUUAGUUUUAUUUUAAUGUCAGAUUAUGUCUUUAUGGAUUCGUGUUUUCCAAAUUAAUUGGGUAAAACUCUUAAUGUACUUCUCAAUGUCAGUUAUUUUUCUUGGAAUUAAGACUGAUGGAUCACUUCCUUUUCUGAAUAGAAACUUGAUCAGAUUCACCAUUUUGCUUUUAAUUUCCAAAUGAAAAUUGGUUAGCUCAUAAUUUGUUAUGGGGAGGACACAAUUUUAAAAUGAAGCUUUUAUGAGAAUUAUUUUUAGUUUACUAUCGUAAAGUUUAAUAUGUUCACAAAAUUAUCCAAGUAAAUGAUCUGUUGAUUGAGUUAUUGAGUUGAUAGACACUUUGAAUUUUUAAAAAUUGUAUUCUGAUGGAAUGGAUUGUGUGACAGAUCUGACAAAUUAUAUAUUAUAAUUACAUUCAUUCUAAACAUUGCUUCAUGAUUAUGCAUCAUUUUAAUCUUUGAUGUUUGACUACACAUGUUGCAUUUGAUAUAAUGGACUUUUAUUUAAAAAUAGCAAUGUUAUUUUAAUUUGUAUUGGAAAUAUUUCUUUAAAUCAAUACAC